AAUUACUAUAUUGUACUGUAUCAAUAUAUUGUAUCAAUAUAUCAAUAUAUUGAUUGCCAAGGCUCAGUGCUUUAAUUUCACAAGGUCUUUAGCCUUCUUUGCCAAAGAGAGCUGGUGUCUCACCAAACUACAAAUCCCAGGAUUCUGUAGUAUUAACCCAUGGCAGUUAAAGCGAUUUCAAACUGGAUUAAAUCUACAGUGUAGAUCAGGCAUGGGAAACCUUAGGCCCUCCAGAGGUUUUGGACUUCAGCUCCCACAUUUCCUGAUGUUGUGCAUUUUCCAGGUUGUAUGGCCAUGUUCCAGGAGCAUUAUCUCCUGACGUUUCGCCCACAUCUAUGGCAGGCAUCCUCAGAGGUUGUGAGGUCUAUUGGAAAUUAAGCAAGGGAUGUUUAUAUAUCUGUGGAAGGUCCAAGGUGGGAGAAAGAACUCUUGUCUGUUGGAGGCCAGUGUGAAUGUUGUAAUUGGCUAACUUGAUUAGCAUUUGAUGGCCUUGCAAGCUUCAUUCCUGCCUGGGGGAGUCCUUUUUUCGGAGGUGUUAGCUGCCCCGGAUUGAUUCAUGUCUGUAAUUCCUGUUUUCUGAUUGAUGUUCUUUUUUCGCUCUCCUGAUUUUAGAGUUUUGUAAUACUAGUAGCCAGAUUUUGUUCAUUUUCAUGGUUUCCUCCUUUCUGUUGAAAUUGUCGACAUGCUUGUGGAUUUCAUAACGUCAGGGGAAAAUGCUUCUGCAACAUGGCCAUACAUAGAGCCCGCCAUGAAAGCCUUCGACAGCCUCAUGCCCCUUCCUAACGGUAUUUAAUAAAUGUGAGAACUGAAGUAAAGAAUCUUAGAAGUUCCCAAGUUUACCUCUGAGUAAAGCAGAGCGUUGCAUUUUGGUUUCAAAGUAAAAUUGCUGCAAUAGAUUUUUUUUCCUCUAUUUUUUGACACAGAAAAGGGUAGCUCCACCAAGGUGGAGCCUCAAAAAAUUGGUUACAAACUCAUAAAUGUUCCUCUCCACGGAAAUCUUUAGUAAAAGGCGAAAGAUUUAUACGAUCUGAAGAGAAACCAGAGUAUACUUUUUUCUGCUGCUGCCACGGCCCUCACAAUAUCGCCGCCUGCUCUUUAGGUGAUAGUGACACCAGAAAAGCGACUAUUACUUUUGCUUUUCAGAAGAUUAUAUAGACAUUUCGGCAUUUCUAUCUGUUCUUAAUGUUCAUGUUGGCAAAGAAUAUUAGCUCAAAAUGCGGCAAACCCCUUCCCUUUAGCGCAAUGCACUAUGGUUGCAAAAAUAAGCAAAUGAGCUCCCGGGCACUUCCGCCCUCGCUUUUGGGAGAGGAAGCAUGGUCUCUUUUUUCCCUUGUUUGCAGUUUGUAACAGAGAUUCCUUACAACUAUAUUGUUACUUUCCCCAAAAGUAAUGCGAGGAUAUGAAAUGAAAACCCUGCUUGGACGAAAUACUUUUUGGACUACGAUCCCAUGAUCCCUAGAUAUUGACUUUCUGACCUGGGAACUCUGGGACUUGUAGUCCCAAAGCAACGUUUGGGAGUUCUGAGAUCCUGGAUGGUAUUUUUAGCUGCAUGAAAUUUAAAGGCAAAUCACCCUGAUUUUUGCCGUAUGCUGGACUGCAUCUACACUAGGCAUGGACAAACUUCGGCCCUCCAGGUGUUUUGAACUUCCACGUGCUUGUGGAUUUCCAUGGCUUCUCUGUAGUUUGACAAACAUGUGGACAAUUUCAACAAAACGGAGGAACCAAUGAAAAUGAACAAAAUGUGGCUACCAGUAUUUUAAAACUCUAAAAUCAGGACAGUAAAUCAAAAACAACACUCUGGAAACAGAGGAAUUCCAGACAUGAAACAAUAAGGGCCAGCGAAUCACUUCCCAACAAAGGAUUCCCCCAGGCAGGAAGCAGCCAAGCUUCGAAGCUGCAAGGCCAUUCAGUGCUAAUCAAGGUGGCCACUCACAUUUGCCUCAAGCAGACAAGAGUUCUUUCUCCCACCCUGGACCUUCAACAGAUAAACCCCACUUGCCUAGUUUCCAAAAAAAACCUCGCACCCUCUGAGGAUGCCUGUCAUAGAUGAGGGUGAAACGUCAGAAGAGAAUGUUUCUGGAACAUGGCCAUACAGCCCGGAAAACUCACAGCAACCCAGUGAUUCCGGCCAUGAAAGCCUUCGGCAGCACAAGAAUCAGUUUAUCAGGGGGGGGAAACUCCCUGAACAAUAUAGAUGAGAAAUCAAUUUAACUGGGAGUAAGAUUUUGUUUUUAUGCCCCCCUCUGUUUAACAUUUUCUCCAAAGGACUUGUUUCUGAAGAUGAAAAUUUUAAAUUACUGUUUUUAUUGUAAUAUUUUGGUAAUAUCAGUAGCAACGCUUGGAAAAUUGAGUUCUGCAACUACAGUUCCAAUUAUUCCAUAGUACUGGUCCAAGUGUUGUCAAACUGCGUUAAUUGGGCAGUGUAGAUGCAUCUUAAACCCGGUACUUAUAUUGCAAGGACAAAAAACUGUUAGCCCUUCAGAAGUUUUGGACAUCAAAUCCCAGAAGCUCCAACCAGCAUCACCAAUGUUUUGGGGGUUUUUGUGUGUCAGGAGCGACUUGAGAAACUGCAGGUCACUUCUGGUGCGAGAGAAUUGGAUGUUGCCCAAGGGACACCCGGAUAUUUUACCAUCCUGUGGGAGGCCUCUCUCAUGUCCCCGCAUGGGAAGCUGGAGCUGACAGAUGGGAGCUCACCCCACUCCUUGGAUUUGCACUGCCGACCUUUUGGUCAGCAGUCCUGCCGACACAAGGAUUUAAUCCAUUGUGACACUGGGGGCUCCUAUCACCAAUAUUAAAGGACUAUAAGCACUGACUGUAGAAACGUCUGAAGAAUGAGACUUUCUACUCCUGGCAUACAGAUCAUCCUCCCUUUGAUAAUAGUCAUUACAGAAGAAGCAAAAACUCCCUUUCUUUCUGACCAAUUCCUAAGUCUUAUUUAUCCCAACCCACAACUGCAAACACAAACAGAAGCCAUUGUCAUAGUGAUGAUCCCAGCUGCUCUUGGCUACUUGGCUCUGUUCCUCUGGCAAGUUGGCACCACACCCCAGUUACCAGCAUAGCAACUCAGAAACGCUAUAUGCCCAUGUAGCUCUUUCCUUCAAAGAAGUGCAAGUGGGCAAUACCUUCCAGAGAAAUACCUUCUCACGAUGACAGAUUUGGCGGUCUUCCGCUGUCCCAGCUGUGAGAUGGGCUUCCGUUCCAGGAAACUGCUAGAGAAGCACAUGGAAAAAUUCUGCAUCGGCCGAGAAACAGCUAUUUAUCAUGAGCCAGAAGCAUCAAAAACAAAGAGGCAUCACAUGAAAACCUUGGAAAAUGAGGAAUACAAGCAGCAGAGGUCUGACUUAAGAAGCUUAGACUACACAGGAAGUCUUUCCAACAGCCAGAUGUUGAAGAAACUGACAGAAGAGUUCCAGAAAAUGAGGAUAUCACUGGAAGGCACGCUUCCUGCAUUCAGGACCCUCCAGACAGAGGAUAGCGGCACGCAGCAGAUCUGCUACCAACAGGAAUAUUGGCAACGACAUCAGCAAAUAGCAGAAAUCCACGAGCGCCAAUUAGCUGAUAUUCAAUCCAGAAACCAACACUUGGAACAACAGAAGAAUGAGAUCCACAAACGCCUGGAAGAGCUGAAAUUAGGGAACUCGGCUACAUCUCAUAUAGAACAGUUGUUAGUGGAGCUGAAUGCUCAGGAAGGAAAAAACCAGCUCACCCUGGAUGCCCUGCGGAAACAAGUGGGACUGCUGCAGGUAACAGCAGAGAGCAGGAGCAAACCUGAACCCACCACCAUGAUAAAAUCAGACAAUGUUACAGACAAGGUGAAGGAGAACGUCUUCUUCAAGUCUAUGCCAUUUCUACCAGCUGUUGGCCCUCUGUCUUCAGAGAUACAGUCUGUAUACCUGGCUUAUGUGCAGAGUGGAGGCAGUGACGUUAACGUCCUUCGUCAGAUGUAUGAGCUGCAGGUAGAGGCUAUAGCACUGGAGAAAGCUGAAGCAAAACCUGAACACAAGAGCAGAAGGAAGAAAUAUGAAAGCAGCCCCAGUGCCUAUUCAAGGGGUCUGGAUGCUGAACUCUUGUCCGUUGAGUUGGAAAAUCAGAAGUUGGAAGAUGAAAUACUAAAAUUAAAGAUCCUGAAGGACAGAAGGAUAGUAGAACAUGAAUCUUUGGAUACAGAGCUGGCUAAACUGGAACAGAGGCACAUGGCAGAGAUGGCUCAUCUUCAUGCUGAGAUUGGCAGAUUGAAACAGGACCCUGAGAGGAUGAAACCCCGAGGGCCCAGAAGGGGGUUGCCACCCCUAUUGCCACCUCCUAUAGCUCCUCCUCUGCCACCACCACCUCCUCAUCAUCUUCAUGGCCUCCCAGACCCUGGCUUUCUAUCUAGCAGUGUGAACCCCGUGAGAUCAUCUGCCAGAGCUACAAGCCAUUAUUUCCUGGACCCCUCUGAUGCCCUGGGACCAGCUCCGUAUGAUCCAGCGUCUGGUUUUGUGAUAUUUUAUGAUUUUCUCUUGGGUCUGGAUCCCACAUUUUACCAAAUUUGCCUGGUCUCUGCCCUGUAUCGUAAUGGAAAAGAGCUGGGCAAGCCCACACCACUGCCCGUUGUCUCCUCAGAUAUGGGACAGUCCUCACAGUAUAUGAUGGAUAGACAAAGAGGGUGUUGUGCCAUCUUGGCGACCCAACAGCCAGUUCCUAGAAUUCUCCCUUCAACUUCUAUUGCCCUUGUAACUGAACUUCAAGCCUCCGGAGGCUUUGAUGCUUAUGGACUAGAAAUAGAGAGCUUGGCUCCCAGAGGGUGGGCCAAAAUCCAAAUUUUUGACCAACUGCAUCAAGUGAUGAGUGGACGAUGGAAGGUACCUAUCCGGGCGCUUCCUGUGAAGCCAGGACUUAAUGUGGAGCAGAUGAAUGGUGUACCUCAGGCUGGCAAGGCUGAGCUUUACUUGCGACUGGUGAAUGCAAGAGAUGCUGAUAUGCAGUCAAUGGCUGAAGUCCAUCCUGGCAAUGCCUCCCUGUACAAAUACCCUCCAACCGCGUUCAGUGGCACAGCAUCUUCUGCUGAUGCUCUUCCAACCCAGCACGCCUUUCGCUCUGCCCCCACCAGCCUGUCCUUUUCUGUCCCUCCUUACACUGGCUUUGUUGACCCUCCUCCAAAUCAGGAACAGUUUGUCCAACACCAAUCCAAUAAAAGUGACACAGCACCUCAGAGGCCGCAACAUCAGCAGCAGAAAUUAAAAGGAGAAUUGGGGUUCAUCCUUGAUAGAGUGAAAGGUGCUCCUCUUGGAGAUGGGGCCAUCCGGCUGACAGGUUACCACCAGAAAACUGGUCAGGUCAUUGGCACCAGAGACUCAGGACUGAAUUACUGCACUGAUUCUGUCAGGUCCAACAUCAAAUAUGGCUACUUCGUGUUAGGAGAGCAGGAGGUAACCUUCUGGGAUGUUACACCACAGGAGGACAUGAUCCUUAUUAUCCGCUUUUACCACUGGCCUAGUGGGAGAACGGCGCCUGCCCCUUGGGACAAAGGAGCCAAGCCUCAGCCCCAGCCACUAGUGGGCAGCGAACAAUGGCUAGCUGCUUGGACUGUGCUCAGGUUGACCAAGAGGUCUGAAUCCUCUAAAGUGAUGCUUGCAGGUCAAGGGCAGGAAGGAGAGCGUAGAGUGCUUGGAUGGAACACAGGGACCCACACGCUGGCUCUGUUCCAUGCUCCUGUGCCACCUGUAGUAGCCUUGUCAACAGUGUCAGCAGAACAAGAUCAGAACUUUAAGCUGUAUGGCGAUGCAACUUUGAGACUGCAUGUCUUUAGCACCCAGAAGCCUGAUCUUCCUUUCCCACCGGAAUCACCAUUUGUAUUUAACCCUGCAAAAACAUGGCCAGAUGAAGCUUUUAUUCACCAUGUCAGGGAGACACCUCCUCUUGAGUCAUUUGAUACUGGGGAUGGCUUUGACCUGUACAUCGAUGGAGCUCGCUUUCUGCCUGAUGGCAUCACGGUUACCAGAGUGACUGCUUGCAUCUUUACCAGCAAUUACAAACAGGUUGGCCCAGACAUUUACACCGACAUUGACUUGAAUAGCAACAUCUAUGAUCCAGCUUACAAUUACUCCGUUGAAAUCCGGGAACUGGUGUUAACACCAUGUGCAACUCUUCUCUUAAAGGUUUAUUCAAUUGAUCCCUUGAGCUCCAGACUCAUCCAAAUUGGCUGGGCAGCUCUCAGUCUUUUUGUGGAAUUUGGAACACUCUCAGCCCCUGAGCCUGGAACAGAGGGGAUUCGGGUCUCCUUAAAUGAUGGUGCUCAUCAGCUUCGCAUUUUUCACAACAGUCCCUGCCCAGACCAGCCUUUUUCUACCCUUUCUUUGACCUCAAAAGGACGAUAUGUGCCUUGUGCAACCCUACUGGUGCGGCUUCUCAAGGCUCCUGUAGAUUCCAGUCAUCACACUUUGCAAAGAACCAUGAUUCCUCAAACACAGUGGGUCCAGCUGGGCCUCUUCCAACUCAGGCCUGAUUAUUCUGAUGGCGUUUAUUACUCAGACUCAGCCAGACCUACUCCAGGAGAAAGUUGCCUCUAUGAGGCUAUGAUGAUGAGGUCAGUUGUUUCAGUUCGAGAGAUUAUUCAACAGCUUGUUGGACAUAAGAAGAGCUUGAACACAGAUGAGGAAAUCUUGACCUGGAUCCACAAGAAACUAAAACGGGAACCAGACAGUAGGCCACAGUCCUUCAACCUCACCUACAUCUCCAGAUACAUCCCAACAUAUGGCAUCAAGUUUGCAGUGGAUAGAGCAAUGAAUUUACCCUGGUCAGGCUUGACCACAGCCCAUUUCUGCUUCAAUCCACCUGGAGCAUUUUACUUUGGGAGAGAUUGGCUGAAAUAUGACUAUCCCAUCUUCCUUAAAGAACUUGACACAAACAGCUAUGAGAAAUGGCCUACAUGGCUCGAUGGUUUCAAGUCCUGUCCUCACAGGGUUUACUAUGAGCAUUCAACAGUUAUUAUCCACCUGUCCAGAAGAGCAGAAAGUUCAGCCCAUAUGACUGAAAACAAAAAUGCUCAGCCAAGAAAGAAAACAACCAACCCGAAGGUAGACCACUCAGAUAACACACCAAGUGAGGCGUGGACUGCUCUCCAUGUAUUUUCUACAGGUUACUGUAACACUGGCGUUUACCAAUUGCCCCUAUUCCAAGGAGCUCCUAGCAAGAUCAUGUUGGCUGCUUUAUCUCAAGGAAAAUGCAAUAGUGUGAUAAAGAACAUGCUUCAUAGACAAAUGAUCCAGGUAGUGCCAGGUGCAUCUGUGGUUGUGCGCAUUGCUGAUGGAAGAUGGGAUGGAGAAUUCAGCUAUACAUCAUUGGACAUUGAGCAAUUGUUUCUACCAAAAGAAGCAUUAGGCUUGUACAACAAGGAAGCCUCUGGAGUAAAAAUUGCAGAAUUAAUGCUACAGGAAACAUCAGAAAAACAGAUAAGGCUGAUGGCUCUGGAGCAAUUUUAAAUGUUGAUAAUUAUUCAAUGGUGCAUUAUCCUCAAAAUACAUAAAGCUGCCAGAAAUGGAUGUUAGUACUUCAAAAAACCAUUCAAGGGACAACCAUCACAGAAACAGGUAUCUUUGGCUCGGUAAUCAAGAAUUUUGCUAGUAACCAGGCAGUUUUCCACAAUGGGCCAUGGUUAUUUUCCUCUGCUUCGAAGUUUUCUAUGUCAACAGCUGGGACUAGUUUACCAAACCAGCCUUUUUUGCAAUUAAUCUGAACAAAUCUUUCAAUACAAUAAGAAAAGCCAUCUCCUUAUCUACUCUACCCAAUAAUGCAUUCUCAAUCUGUUGUAUUUCCCUUGUUGUUCUGGUAGUUCUUAUUUUUGUUUCUACUGCUCUUUUCAUUGAACAGAAUGUAAUAAAUGAUUGAUAUAGUUAAAAAAUGA